AUGGCUCAUGGCAAUUCAAGUUCUGAGCAUUUUUUUAUUCAAGGAGGCUUGCAGAACAAAGUCGCCAGCAAAAAGCCAUCAACCUACAUAUUCGAUUCGAACGGGGAUACGCAACUCGUUCUCACUACAAACAUCGAUCAAGCCUUUGUAUGGGAGGCUGAGAGAAUCGCCACCAGAAUCUCCUAUUUCGAUCCCUACGUCGUUCGUGAUACUGCAGACCCAUUCUCUUUAUUCCCUGGCAUGACAUAUUCUCGUCCAGGACUCUCGGAUGCGGAAGCAACAGACCCAAGACCUGCUGGCGCUGGAAAGAAUAUCGACAGCUUAAGCCUACAAGAUUCGAAUUAUGGGGAAAGAUCUGCAAACCUGCCCGGUCAGGUAGAAAUUCGAAUGCUAGUUUCAGGAAAGCAUCUAGUGCUAGCUUCCUCUUACUUUGAGAAGAUGUUUUCUGGUCCUUUUAUAGAGGGAAAAGCUGAUCACCACUCGGGGCUCCGCCAAGUAAUAGCAAGCGAUUGGGAUCCUAAGGCUUUCAACAUCGUACUAACAGCUAUACACGGUUACCAUCGAGAAAUACCAAGGUCUCUUGACCUUGAGAUGCUUGCAAAGCUGGCUAUGAUCGUGGACUACUAUGAAUGCCAUGAAAUCAUUGAGCUAAACGCCGAGAUUUGGAUAGGAAACUUAAAGUCAAAAGUGCCAACAGUUUACGGAAGAGACUGUAUUCUCUGUCUGUUCGUUUCUUGGGUUUUCUCACAGCCAGAGAUGUUCCAGACAAUGGCCCAGCUAGCAUUAAGGCACAGCGGGAAAGAAAUCGAAGCUGGAGACAUCCCUAUCCCCUCAAGCAUUCUUGGCCAGAUCAAUAUAGCACGGCUGAACUAUCUCGACAAAAUAUCCACAGCAACCUAUGACCUUCUUGACCGUUUACAAGGAGAAGAACUGGAGUGUUCUUAUGAGUGCUCAGCUAUGCUCUUGGGUGUUUUAACAAAGGAGCUGAAGAGAUACGGGGUUCUGAGCAGGCGUUACCCACAAUCGUUUUAUCGGUUUAGCAUUGAAGGUUUGAAAAACAUGAUCAAAAGCUACAAGAUACCAGAAUGGCAUGAUACUGGUUAUGGCGCAAGGUACGGCUCUGGACACUCCUGUACUAUCCAGCAGAAGUUGUCCUUAGCUUUGGAAAAAGCGGAAGACGAGCUAUGUAUAUUCAGUCUCCAGGACUUUCAGUUCGCCAAGCAUCACACGCAACCCCUUCAGAAUGUAUGGGCUUUCAAAUUUGAGUGCAAGACCUGA